UCCUGUCCGUCACAAUUUCCCGCUUGCAGCGAUUCCGCAUGCGUCGGCACGUCCAAUCCCAACAAUGAGCACGGCAUCUGCACUUCGAGCGGCAUGGCCAACUGCUUAUGUACCAAUAGCUGUCCUUCGAGUCCAGUAAGCUGUGGGUCAGACUCCUGCAGAGGCAUUAACAAUCCCAACGGGGGUAACUCGAUCUGCACAUUUGGCACCUCUGCCGGCUGUCCUUGUACGUCCAAGUGUCAGGUGGACUUCUGUGACACCACUCCUGGCUGCAAUGGGUACAAUACCAAAAAUGGGGCAGCUCACUGUACAGCAGGAGAGUAUGCUGGGUGCUAUUGUAUCUCGUUGUGUCCUCUCAAGCCUGCUGCGCCUUUGUCGUGUACAGACUCGGGGUGCGUAGGGCUCAAUAACCUUGGCGGAAAGGAAUUUUGCACGGCAGGAAAAUACCAAGGCUGCAGCUGCACGUCAGCUUGUCCGUCCUCCAAGCCAGCCUGUUCAAGUUGCGAGGGAGAAGAAGGCAUUUGCACCACCGGUGCAGCUUAUGGCUGUGCCUGUUCAGGCAGCUCCUCGAAGCGUGAAGCUCAGAACAGCAAAACGAGGCGUGACACCUCCCAGCAAUCCAACCCGAUACAGAGCUCGCGCUAUGUGGUCACACCUCCCGGAUUUGGCAUCGACAGUCCGACAGCAGAAUCGUACCGGCGAGACCAAAUUCAACAAGCUCUAUACGAUGCGGUAGUGCUUUUCAACAAUGGAGAAACUAUCAUGGCCGCGGGCGGCGAACGCUACCCUGCUCCAAUGUUCUUCACCGGUCCUGGCUUAACGACUGUUCGCGGCGCUUUGCCAGCUGGCGAGAUGAAUCCCAAUGACCUGGUGCAGUAUCCAAUCGCUAAGAAUGGCGAAGACAACUAUGCUCCCUUCGUAGACGGUGCCACGGUUGGCCCAGAUCGCGUAGUCUUCCACGGUACCAGCGGGCAAUUCGUUGCCCUGAUCACGCAUAGAGGCGAGACGCAAGGCUACUGGCAUGCGGCCAUCGCACCUCACUCGAGCAGUGCGGGGCUAUCCUCAGACCAAGUCGCUGUCUCGACACUAGACCAAGACCCGUAUCCCUGGUUCUCCCAGAUCUGGGCGAAUGGUGCGUCUUCAAACCAGGCAUGGAACAUACCUCUGAUGCCUGGUACUGUAACAAACACAACGACCGACAACGAAGAUGGAGAUUUCGCAGGAUGUCUGGACCAGGAUAAAUACAAAACACUCGACGACGUGUUGGGUGACCUUCAAUUUCCCGUGGUCUGCAUGAGCGUAUACGUUCUGAAUGCAGUGUCCACAGUAAUGUCAGACGCGCUGGAGAAAUUCACCGCAAUCAUGGCCGAUGGGUACCAGGCAAAGUACAACGCCUACAAGAUUCUCGUUCACAACCAAGCCAAACUUGCCUGGGAGAACCUUCGGAAUUCCCACCUGGAUGAUCUCUGGAAUUGUUUCGAAGUGCACAAUGGAGCCAACCAGUCGAUCGGUUGUGGCAGAUUCAAUAAUGGAGGCAACUACUACUACGUUGAAAAAGAUCCCGACAAUUUCUGCCACAAAUUGGACAUGGACUACAACCUGGAUUGUUCCUGGAUUGUGCAAUCGGUCAUCAGUUACCGGGAUCCUGCCGUGAACGGCGGCGCGAACUGCGAGAAGACUGGCGUCAACUGUCCUAUCAAUGGACAAAUGUUCUUUCCCGACCUGGACCUGAAUUUUGCCGUCGCAGACCCUGGUGCAGCUAUAAGUCAGUCACUUGGGAAUUACACAGACCUCUCAAGCUGGCUAGACGACUCUGCGAUCAGUUCUGGGUUCGGUAUGUUGGGACCUCUGGAAGACGACAUUAUCGACGGUGCAUCAAUGACAGUAUUCACAGUGCAAGCUGCCGUGGAAGCAAUGCAACAGGUCGCCGAUGUUGGGGAGGAGGCUGCAGAGGAGCAGAAGAAAGAGACCAUCAUGGCCUUCAUCUUGGCCUUUCUGUUCGUUGUCCCCGGGAUUGGAGAAGCGGUAGAAGGCAUCGACAUCCUGGCACAAGUUGCAACCAUUACGCGUCUGAUCGACUUUGCUGGCAAUACCGCUGUAGAUCUUUAUGGCAUUGUCGAAGAUCCUAGCAGUGCUCCAAUGGCUAUUGCUGGCAUCUUGCUCGGUGUGGGCAACCUCCGCGACCGCAAUACAGAUGCUUGGGAGGAGGCCGCUCAGAUUCGUCGGAAAAUGGACGACGCUGUAGUAGGAUCCAUGGGCAAGACAGUGUCAGACGGGAUGGGCAAGAUCAAGAAACUUGUGAAGGAGUGUUCCCUCUAG